UUUCAGGUGAUGUCGUCCCGCUUCUUGCGUACGGCGGUGGCUCGUGCCACACAACAGAGAUCCAUGUACGAGAACCCUUACAUCAACCGUUUCAAGGCCAGGAGCAAGGUUUCCGAGGAUUUCCACAAGAAGACUACAGGAAUUACUGGACUUUUUGUCAAUGAGCAUCCACAUCGUGCGUUGACUGUUGUGUAUGGCAGAAUUCUCCGCGCCCUUGAACAAAUUCCACGGGAUGCUGCUUACCGCAAGUAUACUGAAGCUGUGGUAAAGCAGCGUUUGGCUCUUGUUCAAGCCGAAAACGACAUUAAGAAGCUUGAGGAGAAAAUUGGAAUGGGACAAAUCGAAGAAGUCAUCGAACAGGCCGAAUAUGAACUGGAGACAACACGAGCAAUUGUUGAUUCAAAAGCAUGGGAGCCUCUCGUCGAAUCUGCUCCAAAGGGACAAUGGUCGUGGCCAGUCUAGAGAAUUUUCGAGUUUCUCAUUAAUUUUUCUUGUAGAUCACAUUUUAACAUUUUUUUUCUGUUUCACAUCUGAAUAUAAAAUUAUAAAUAGUGUUCUAGAAUUCUAAAGAAAAGC